GAGAGAGAGAAAGAGAGAGAGAGGCAGGCAAUAAGCUUUGUGUGGAGAACCAGCAUGAACACACAUUAUCCUUUAUUUUUAGCCUGCGUUACGUUGCUGCUUUAGCUCCAUCCGUCCCUACAUGGAGUGACCGCGCUCGCUUCUGCCCCCCUGCUCGGACUCCACGAAGGUUUUUAUACCUCUAUGGCAACAUCUAUUCUUCCCUUCGGAGCUGAGACGACGACGGGCAGGGCUGCUGCUGCUGCUGAGACCCUCUGGCUUUUUCAUUUUUUUCCCCUCCCAGCGUUGUGGGAAACGUGAUCGAGGCAGGGCUGCGGAUCCCAGCAUGGAUUAACGCUCGCACGGACACCACGAUCAGGGUCUGAAUGCUGAACAUGUCCACUCCAAGUGACCUCAAGUCUCCCUGUGUAACGCGGAACGGCAUGGUCAAGCUGCCCCCCCAGCCCAACGGCCUCGGCUCGGCCAGCAUUACAAAAGGCACUCCAGCUGCAAAGAACCGCCUGUGUCAGUCAUCCUCGGUGCCCACCAUCCUGCCCCCACCCAGCCUGCCAUACCACCUCGAGCCCCUGCCUACGGCAGCCUCCCUGCUGGGCCCAGACCUGGACACUAGCCCCCUGAUGGCCAUCAAGCCUCCGCUCAGGCAGUAUCCCAAACCGCUGCUGGAGCGGCAGCUGGUGCUGGACGAGAAGGUGCUCAACCGGCUGCUGUGGUACUUCACCACCGCCGAAAAGUGCGUCCUGGCGCAGGUGUGCAAGACGUGGCGCAAGGUGCUGUACCAGCCCAAAUUCUGGGAAGGGGUGACGCCCAUCCUGCACGCCAAGGAGCUCUACAACGUCCUGCCCAACGGAGAGAAGGAGUUCAUCAGCCUGCAGGCCUUCGCCCUCAGGGGCUUCCAGUCCUUCUGCCUGGUGGGCGUCUCCGACUUGGACAUUUGUGAGUUCAUCGACAACUACCCGCUGUCGAAGAAGGGCGUCAAGUCCGUCAGCCUGAAACGGUCCACCAUCACAGACGCAGGACUUGAGGUGAUGCUGGAGCAGAUGCAGGGCCUGAUGCACCUGGAGCUGUCUGGCUGUAACGACUUCACAGAGGCGGGCCUGUGGUCGAGCCUGAACGCGCGGCUCACCUCGCUCAGCGUCAGCGACUGCAUCAACGUGGCGGACGACGCCAUCGCGGCCAUCUCGCAGCUCCUGCCAAACCUGUCCGAGCUCAGCCUGCAGGCCUACCAUGUGACGGACACGGCCAUGGCCUACUUCACCGCUAAGCAGGGCUACACCACCCACACGCUGCGGCUGCACUCCUGCUGGGAAAUCACCAACCACGGCGUGGUCAACAUGGUGCACAGCCUGCCCAACCUGACCGCCCUCAGCCUAUCCGGCUGCUCCAAAAUCACGGACGACGGUGUGGAGCUGGUGGCGGAGAACCUGAGGAAACUGCGCAGCCUCGAUCUGUCCUGGUGCCCGCGAAUCACCGACAUGGCCCUGGAGUACAUCGCCUGCGACCUGCACAAGCUGGAGGAGCUGGUGCUGGACAGGUGUGUACGGAUCACAGACACGGGUCUUGGGUAUCUCUCCACCAUGUCCUCACUGCGGAGUCUUUAUCUGCGCUGGUGCUGUCAGGUGCAGGACUUUGGUUUGCAACACCUGUUUGGCAUGAGGAGCCUGCGUCUUCUCUCUCUGGCAGGCUGCCCCCUGCUGACCACCACCGGCCUUUCGGGCUUGAUCCAGCUGCAGGAGUUGGAGGAGCUGGAGCUGACCAACUGCCCGGGUGCCACGGCCGAACUUUUCAAGUACUACUCGCAGCACCUGCCGCGCUGCAUGGUCAUCGAGUAGAUGACCUUUUGAACCUUCAUCAUCACCAAAACCUUCUCCUUCAGACGAACGAACGAAACCAGACUGAUGAUUAACCCCACUUCAUCCUGAACCCAACGAGGGGAAUCGACGGAGGGAUUGUGGAGAGAAACGAGAGUCGGCGUCGGAGCAGUGGAAGCGGAGGAACUGAAGAAGGGAUUACGAGCUGGAGAAAGUGACCGGAUAGGUCUCGGGCUGGAAAAUUAAAUGUAGAAUUGCGAGGGUGUCCGAGAACCUUUCAUUAAACGACAUGACACUCAGCCAUCAGCCUUCACGAGACAUCAGCUCCACCGAACUGAACUGCGAGGCCUGAAAAACUCCCCAUAUUUCCUCCUGUAAUCGUCAUAUUUUUCCUUGAAGUGAACAGGCGUGUUGCCGUGGCCCUCUGAACUUUGGAUAAGAGGGAUAGAGUGAGAGAAAGAGAGGAAAGCGGAGAACGGCUACCGAUACAGGGUCUCUUUUCACUUAUUGUACAGCGGCGUCCGCAUUCCACUCCAGUUUCAGUGCAGUCGCCUCUCUGAGUCUUAUGUCUUAUCGAAAAUAAAAUAAAAUCAAAGCUAUUAGGAGACGAACAGCCGCGUAGUUUGGCACCAGAGCUGCACGCUUACUCGCUUAUUGUCUUGCGGUUUCUCUUGUUUGUUUCCUUUUUGAAAUAUUAUUUUUUUAAGUAUUUUUUUUGAGGAUGAGGGUGAUGAGGAUGAGGAUUACUGUGAAUUUUAAUGACGGUUUCAGGACUGUUGAAUAUAAUAGGCAUCCAGGUACGACAAAGGCUCGGCACAGAAGGCUAUCUAUUACGAAAAGGUGUUUUUGUUUUUCUUUUCGUCCAGAAAGUUGAUCUUUUUACGGACAGAUCAUUUCACUUCAGGAUUUCUGAAUUUAAAAAAGGGAGGUUUGAAUUGUUUAAAUGACGCUUCUGGGGUGCAAAGGGACUGUACAUACGGUAGAUAUUCCAUUCGAGCUUGGCCUUUUUAUGAACCUUUGAUUUCUCAUUCCAUUUUGGUGUCAAUUGAUAUUAGUGACUUGUGUGCAGGUUUCAAUAUUAGUCCUCUGCUACACUGAACUGGGGCUGCCGCUGCUACUGUGGGACCCGGAUGAAGGACACAAACUGUGCGUCGAUGCCUGUUCGUCACCAGGCUGACCCCUUCUGGACGGUGGACCGAACGCAUGGCGUCAUUUUUUUCACUCAGUAUACACGUAAUGAACCUAAAUGAGCAAGCGUCAGUUUAAACGCAUCACAUGAUUAAGGUCUAAGCCAGUGGGUUUUCAGAGGCAAUUAAGUGUGGUUCCAAAGCUUAAAGGAAUACUCUGUUUUUAAAAAGCUGCGUGCUGCAUCUGUACUGUACCGUUCAUUUCCACAGACAGUCAUUUCAAGCUGUUUUUCUGUGCUGACCUGCUUAGUAGGAGCCAAUGGAAGUUGGAUUCUGUCAGUUAACGUUUGCAAAACUUGGCACAAACUUACAUAAACUUACAUAAACAUCAAAUGACAAGCUUACAUAAACUAAUAAAGGCUUAUUCCAACAAGGGUCAG